AAUAAAAAGAAAAAAAUGAUAAAAGAAUAAAAUAAAAAUUUGUGUGCCGAAGAAUUAAAAAAAAACAAAAACAGAAAAAGAAAAAUAAUAUAAAAAUGGUUUAUACGAAAGAAAAAGUUUGCCAUGCAGUCUUGUUUCGUCUCUGCAAUUGUUAGCAUCUCGUUCGGUUCUUGGAAUUGCAAAGUAAAAUUAAUUAUUAAAAAAAAAAACAACAAAAAAAAAUCAACAAUAAGUCUUUUUUAUUUGUCUGAAAAGUGAGAUACUUGAGUCAAAAAUUUCAAAAAAGGAAGAGAGAAAAAAAAUUUUUAUUUUUUUUCUAUUUUAAUGAAAGGAUUAAAUUAUUCCAAUUGCAUUCUAAACAUUUUUAUGGAAAAGAAACAUUAAAAAAAAAACUUUUAUUAAUUUUUUUGUAAAAUAUAAAUUAUUAAAUUAAUUAUAAUUUAAAAGCCUGCAAUAUAUUUUUUUUUCUGGGUGCAUACUUAAUACAUACAUAUACACAUUUUAUUCAUAAAUUAUUAAAAAAAAUUAUUAUUAUAUUAAUUUAUUAAUAACUAUCUAAUUACUAAUUAAAUUUGCAAAUUUUUCAAUACACUUAUAUUAUUUAUUUAAUCUUAACAUUAAAAUUUAUAAAAUAUUUAAUAAAAAUCUGUUAAGAAAUAAAUUCUUUAAUAAAAACAAGCAAAAAAAUUUUAUUCAAAAACUUAAGAAUUAAAAAAAAAAGUGAAAUUUAUUCUUGUACAAACGUGUGUUGCAUGACAUCAUCGUGUCUCUUAGUGUUUUAUAGAGCCGGCUAAAAUAAAAACUUUUGAUUGUUUGCUUUUCGCCCAAUUAUUUCCUUAUUAUUGUUAUCAUCAUUAUUAUUACUGUUACUUGCAAUUUACGAACAAUAAAAAAAAAAAAAACUUUUUUCUUUUUUGUGAACAAUUUACUUUGCAUCUGCAUUUUUCAUAAGCUUAUUAAAAAAGCAAAUAAAAAAACAAAGAAAAAGUUGCAAUUUUUUAUCUAAGGGAAAAAAAGUUUCUUAAAUCAAAAGGAUUAUUAAAAAAGAAAGAUAGAACAAAAAAAAAUAAAAACAAAAAGGAUAAUAAAAUUUUCCUAUUUGUUUUUCAUAACUUUUUUAUUUUCGUCUUAUGUGCAUUAAAAACAAAAAAAAAAACCAAGGAAAAAAUUGAAAAAUCAUUGGAUUUUACAUACAAAUUGUACAUACUUUCAAUACAUACAUACUUAUAUACUUCAAAUACAUAAAAAAAAAAUUUUUGAAAUCAAAAAAUUGUCAGUUUCGUGAUUCGAAAGCUACAGGAGAAUUAACAAAAAAGCUCAAUCACUUUUUCAAAAGAAAAACAAAAAAACAAGAAAAAAAACUUUUAUCCAACCUUAAAAAUUUGACAAAAUCAUCAAAAAGGAAAAAAGAAAGUAAAGGAAAAGUAAUUAAAUUUAAAGCUGAAAAAAAAAAAUUAUACUUUUUCAAUUCAAUUAAAAAAACAAAAUCCAAUUAAAGAAAAAGAAAAAGCACACCAACCAAAUACAAAAAAAAGCAACAGACAUAUACUCAGAUUUAGUAAAACCCCAAGAGAGUUAAGCAAAACAAAAUUUAAAAGUAACAUUUUUGUAAAAACUUUAAAAGAAAAAAACAGAAGUGCUAUACAAAACACUCUGGGUCGAAUUUCCGAAGGCAAGGGUAGUUCGAAGGAAGAACACAGAUAACUAAUAAAAAAAAAUAAGAGAAGAAAAAAUAAAAGUUAAAAACUUUUCUUUUUCUUUUUUCUCGAAAAGCUAAAAGAAAAUUUAAAGAAAAUACCAGAAUUAUUAAUAGAAGAGGCAAAAAGUGGUGGCUCUUUUGACAAUAUAACUGUGAUUGUUGUAUUUUUUAAGCAUCCUUGUCAAAUAGCAAAAAAUUCUACAUCAGUUGGAAUAAUGGAUUCAGCAGUGCAUGAAUUUAAUAUUGGAGAAGGUUAUAAUCCCGAUCAGUUUCAUGACGAAACAUCCAAUGAACAAAUUGAUCUGCAAAAUGAUCAAACAAAAAAUUUUUUUAAUGAAAAUCAGCAGCAAAUGUUUCAAAAGGAACUUUCUCCAAAACUUGAUCCUUUAAAUGAUACACAAGUAAAACAGCAAAUGAAUAAUGGACUUAAUAAUUUCAUUCAAGAUUUGACAGAUUCAACAAUUCCUUUGAAUUUUAAUAAUCAAAAUGAUAUUAUGAAUAAUGAAUACGAUAAUAACAAUAAAAUAGAAAAUAAUGAAAAACAUAAUACAGAAUAUCUUCAUGAUGAGGUGUUGGACAACGAUUUUACAACAGAAAUGAUAGCUACUAAAGAAGGGCAUGAUAAUGAUUUGGGGCCAGAAACAUGUGUUGAUUUCGCUAAUGAUGCUGGUUUAAUAACAGAUAAUUGUGAGAAUUCUUUAGAUCCUUCAACUGCACCAUUAGAUUAUAUAAAUCCUCUUGAUAAUAAAACUGAUGUAUUAGAUCCGAAUCAUAACGAUUUCUUUAAAAAUCAACAACCUGAAAAAAUUAAUGAAAAUUCAAAUCAAUUGUUUUCACCAGAUUCAGAAGAGGUAAUUAAUCAAUAUUCUGAUGAUACAAUGAAUAUGCUAAGCUCAGAUGAUCAACACACUGAACCAUUGAGUUUAGAACAACAAUCUAUUAAUAAUGACGUUGCGGAUUUAUUAAAUAAAGACAUAAUAGGUGAAAUAAUUGAUGAAAAUGAAUUGCUUAAAGAAUUUAAUGAUAACAAUUUACAACAAACAAAUGGCUACACUUCAAACGCAAAUGAUUUUAAUGCCAAUGAAAUUGGUAAUUUGGAAGAUUUUGGAGUAACGCAGAAUUUGGAAAAUCAUGAUGAAAUACCAUCUGAAUUAAUUAUUGAGAAAAAUCAAGAGUUAACUGAUCAAAAUAUGCAUGAAGAAAAUAUACCGGCUGUGAAUGAUAAUAUUGCGGAUCAAUUACAAAACGAAUCGUUAAAAAAUAUUAAUGAAGAUUUUUGUAAUGAUAAAGAAAUAAUCCAUAAAGAAAUUGAUGAUAUCAAACAUAAAGAAAUCGAAUUUGAUGAAAAAGAUUUUAAAAAUAUUGAAUACGACAAAUUAGAUCAGGUAGAAGAACAAUAUAAAGAAGAUUUAGACGAAGAAAUCGAACGAAAAAAUAUUGAAAAUAAAAUAUUUGAACACUCAGAAAAUGAUUUUGAACCAAUUGAAAAUAAAGAUAUCGACUACAAAGAACAUCAAAAUGAAAUAUUAGAUUGUGAAUCAAUUGAGCAAAAGAAUCUCGAUUUACAGGAAAAAGAAAGUGAAGAGAUUGAAAGAAAUCGUAUUGAGUACAAUGAAAAUGAUCACUACGAAAAAGAUGAAAUUCGUAUUGAAGACAAAGAAAAUGAAUACGAAGAAAUUAAAAACAAAGAAGAAAUUAAGCAUGAAAAAAUUGAACACUCACAGAAUGAAUUUGAGGAGACAGAAAAUGAAAAGGAAAAGCAUCAAGAAGAUGAAACAGAAAAAAUUAUAAAUGAAAUAAGUGGAAAACAGGAGAACGAAAUUAAAGAUCUUGAAUUUAAUGAAAAAUGUGACGAUUCACCAAUUGAAAUGGCAGAAUGUGAUGUAAUCAACAACGAUAAUAAGGCUGUAUAUCAAAACGAUGAUUUAAUGACUUCUGAAACAAAAAGUGAUAUAGAUCGUAUUUCUUUAAGUAACGAAAAUCUUGUUGAAAAAGAUAUUUCCUUAAAUAACGAAAGUCUUGUUGAGAAUAAUUUUUCAAAUGAAAAUAUUCCACACCAAGAUAAUCUUGAACAUCAAGAAAACUUUGAAAUUGAUAAUCAAACUAGUCAAAUCGAAAUUAAUCAGAAAACUAUUGAGGAAAACAUUUUAAAAGAAGAUUUAGAACAAAAUAUCAAGUUAAAUCCAACGACAGAAAAUCAACUAAUGGAAUCCUCAGAAAGUAAGGUUGAUAAAAAUUUAGAUGGUAAACAUUUGGAACCACCACCAAACGACAAAUGUGACGAGUCCGAUGAUGAAUGGGAUUACAUAAAUGUAAAAGAAAAUGAAGGAGAAAAACAGGAAACAGAGAAUUCUGAGAAGGGUAUAAUAAACGCAUCAGUUGAUAAAUUAUUAAUCGAUCAAUCCUUAACAGAAAAAGAUAAUAUCAUAGACGAGAAAAUAAAAGAGAGCGACAAUAAAAAUCCAAGCGAAAUAGUAACCCAAAGUUUUGAUAUUGAUUUCGAAAAAAUCGCUGAAACUGACGAUAUGAAUUAUCAGCUAAAUCCUGAUGCCAAAGAAUUUAUCCCAACAUCACCACCAGAUUUCGCUGCAUUAACAAAUGGUUAUCCAAAAUUGCAACAAAGAUUUGAAGAUGAUGUUGUUGCGCAAAGCCCAAGAAAAGCAUCUGUUAAUAUGGAAGAUAUUCAGGUACCAGAGGAAUCAACAUUUGAUAAGGAAGCAGCACAACGUCCACAUGAAGUAGCUGAAGAAUUAAUUAUGCCUGAACAAGCACCAAUUCCAUGUGGAAUCAAGUGCGGUGAUGAAAAUCGACAUAUAUGUGAAGAAUCUGAAAAUGGACAUAAUAAUGUUUUUGAUGUUUGCGCUGAAAAAGAAAAUAGUGUUGAAAAUUCAAUCGUUACAACUACAGCUAAUGCUGAUCCUCUUGUAGGUUUUAGUCCAGUAGCUGAAUUAGAUAAUAUUGAUAUGAAUCGAUCAAUUUACAUUGAAAAUUCAAGUUCCAAAACAGAAAAAGAUGAGUCUGAUUUAUUAAAUAGCGUUCAAACAAUUCCCGAUGAAAUUGAAAACGCUAACGAAGUUGCAAUAGAAAAAGACAGCAAAGAAUUGAUUAUGUCUCCGAGUGAUGCAUUACAAUCCCCGAAAGAAAUUGAGGAAGUUACUUUAAAUAAUGUUAUCGAAGACAUAAAUAAUUUAAAUAUUAACUCCGAAGACACAUCUAAAAAUGUUGAACAACAAAUACAAGAAAAUGUUGAAAAAAUCGUUGAACCAUUAGAAGCUGUCAAAAAUGAUGUUAUAGAAGUAUCAAACAAUUCACAAGAAAUUAUAGAUGUUGCAUCAGCGGCUGUAGCAACUGCUGCAGUUGUUGCAAUUAAAGCUGUUACUGAAAAAUCUAAAUUAGCAAAAUCACCGACAACUGGAGCUACUAAAACUACUGAAGUAAAGAAAAGUUUAAGCAAGACAUCAGCAUCUGAUCCGAAAAAACCAAUAUCGGCUGUUUCUCAAAAAAAAGUUUCUUCCGCAACUACAGCCAAACCCAAAACUAUGACCGUGGCUGCAACGCAACCUCCCAAAACUCUAAUCAUUUCACCGCCAAAACGUCCUCAAACAGCACCAGUUAGAUCUAAUGUCCUAACAGAUAAAAAAUUGGGUACGAGUGCAGCAACUAAAACCACUGCCAGACCACAAUCAGCUGGUUUGACAAAAAAAGUUGCUCCAACUACAACUGUUGCAAGCAAUAAAACAGGCUCUGAACCAAGUACAUUAAAAGGUCCCAGUACAACCAGACCAGCACCAAAUAAAAAUACAACCGAGAUCAAAUCUACUGUAACGAAAUCUAGCCCAAGCACGUUAAAAAGUAAAACAGUUAAAUCACCACUUAAUGGUGUAGCUCCAACCAAUGCUGCACCAAGAACUCUUCUUGUUAAUAAAACAGGACCAACGACUAAAACAAGUACUUUCAAAGCAGCACCACCAAGAACCAUAACAUCAUCAGCGCCAACAAAGACUGAAACAAAUAAGAGUCCUACAACAAAAACAGUUACUAAAAUUACUUCAAGACCGAUUGCUAGUGCACCAAAAACAAUUGGUGUCACAAAAAGAGUUACAUCAUCUACAACAACAACUACUUCCAAACCAUCAGAAAUUAAUUCGAAAAAAUUAGAGUCUACAACUACUACCACAACAACAACAGUUAGAAAGACUUUAACAUCAUCAUCGAAUUCUACAAAUGCUGCAGCUAAAAAAUCUACAAAACCACCCUUAUCAUCAACAACAACAAAGAAGACAGUAUCUGCUACAGCGAAAUUAAGCCCUACAAAAAAUCAAAAUGUUGGAAAAAUUUCUGAAAAAAAAGUUAUUGAAAAUGAAACUCAAUUGAUAAAUAAUAUUGAAACAAAUAAUAUUCCAUUGGAAGUAGUAGAGAACACUCCAAAUUUAAAUAAUGGUGAUAACAAUUGUGUAACAGAAAUUAUUAAAGAAGAUAUUUUAGCUUAACGUAACGAAUAGAACAAAAACGAAAUGAAGGAUGCAUGUUUUUAUUUUAUCAAAAAUUAAAAAAAAAAAAAAAGGAGAAUAUUAACAUCACAUUCUAUCCAACAGCCGACAACAAAUUAAAGAACAUUUUUCUGAAAUAAGUAAAAUUUAAAAAAACAAAAAAAAA